AUGCGAUUCCUCAACUCCCUAACGCCAGCCCUCGCGCUGUUUGCGGCCGGUGCCGCGCAGGCCGCCUCGUCAUGGGGAUUCGAUAGUGCCACUGUCUCGAUUACUGGCAAGGGCAAGGAUGCCACCAAGGAGAAGUUGAGUGCGACAUCUCCUCUCAAGACGGCCCUCUCUCUGGGAGCCAAGGAUACUCUCAAGGUCAUCUUGACGGCCAAGGAGGGCGACAAAGCCAAGCGCCCGCACCAGGCCUUCUUGAUCCUCAAGGAGACUGCGUCUGGCCUCGAGGCCCCCUUCCCCCUUGAACUCAAGGACACUGGCCGAGGCGUUGUCGACAUUGCCCAGAAGGACCUCCCCGUCCAGCUCCUCCUCGCCAACGAGCCCCUCAAGGCCAGCAUCGUCAUCGGCUCCUUCGGUGCCGCCAAGGCCCUCGAAACCACCCUCUUCGACGUCUCCGUGAGCCGCGACGCCAGCGCCGCCGCCCCGACCUACGACGCUCCCCUCCGCUACGGCAAGCAGCCCGAGAUCAGCCACAUCUUCCGCGAGGACCCCCGCAGCCCUCCCAAGAUCAUCUCGCUGGCCUUUGUUAUUGCCGUUCUGGCCACGAUUCCCGUUCUUCUCAUCGGCUGGCUUUCUCUCGGCGCCAACGUCAACCACAUCCAAAAGGCCCUCGGUGCCGCGCCUCUCUCCCACGUCGCCUUCUUCGGAUCCAUCGUCGCCAUGGAGGGCGUCUUCUUUAUGUACUACAGCGCCUGGACCCUCUUCCAGACCCUGCCCGCCGUCGCUAUCGUCGCGACCUCCAUCUUCCUGAGCGGCACCAAGGCCCUCGGCGAGGUCCAGAGCCGUCGUCUCUCCGGUCAGCGGUAA